AUGCACACAUCAUACACUGGGCAAGCAUGUCUCAUUGUCAGCAGCCAGUGGGUAACACACAAAAACCCCAGCAGCUACGAUUCGAGAGUUAAUAGCACCAAGACGAAAUCCAGGCCGUUAUUCCUGGAAGGACUGAGCAAGACGGUCUUCUCCAUCGUGGUGUUCGGCUCCAUCGUCAACGAGGGCUACGUCAACGACGGCCGCGAUGCGGAGCUCAAGUGCAUCUUCAACCAGAACGAGAACGCCUGCAACUACGGCAUCGCCAUCGGCAUCAUCGCCUUCUUCGCCUGCAUCUUCUUCUUCAUCGUCGACCUCUACUUCCAGCAGAUCAGCAGCGUGAAGGACCGCAAACGGGUGGUCCUGCUGGACCUGGGGUUCUCAGGCUUUUGGUCCUUCCUGUGGUUCGUCGCUUUCUGCUUCCUGGCCAACCAGUGGCAGCAGACGAAGCCUGGAAUAGGGGUGUCUCAAGGAGCAGAUGCUGCCAGGGCAGCCAUCGCCUUCUCGUUCUUCUCUAUCAUCUCCUGGGUUGCCCUGACGGUGAUGGCCAUGCAGAGAUACCACCUGGGGACUGACAUGUCUCUCUUUGCCACGGAUCAGUUUGCUCCUGACCCCAAUACGGGCUACCCAGGCUACCCCACCGGCAGCGGCAUUGAGAACACGGAAACCUAUCAGAGCCCACCAUUUACUGAGACCAUAGACACCAGCCCCAAAGGUUACCAGAUACCAACUUACUAAAGGACGGAGGGCCCAGCAAGGUCAUGUACAAAUAGACAAAGUCUCCUUAUGGUGCAGUACAGUUAUCUGGUUGAUUGCAAGUGUAUUAAGUACCAUUUCCUUAAUGUGGCGAGUCAGUGCUGGGUUACUUACUAUUAGCUAGUUGUGCAGUGAAUUCUGUACAGUCGUAUUGGUUCUUGUCUUACCUGUCUAAGGGUUUUUUAUAAAAGCAGUGUUCCCUCUAAGUGUCAAACAGAAGGAAGGUUGUUACUACACAAAGCGACACACGGGCAAAACACCACAAUUCGCCGUGACUUCUUUGAAUGCCAAACGUUAGCACUGAAUUUUGUUGAGUGCCCAGGAAAGUAGACUUUAAUUCUCCCAGUAGAAAACACAAUAGCUGAUGAGUUGAUAGUUAUCUUGUUCUUCCAGAGCUAACACAGAAUUGUUCUCCGUUUUAUAAACCCAGAGGGCAAACCCGCUCUCAGACCUUCCCCCUGCAAGAAGCCACGACAGAGCUUUCUUGUGCUGGAGUCUAUGGAAAGUGCCAAAUUUAAAAAGAAAAAAACCCAAUAAUCUCUGUGCUGUUUUUAAGUUCUGUGUAUUUACUGUAAUAAGAAGCUGAACAGAUGUUACACACUUCAGGUUAGGGGUUACACAUGUUUUUGCUUUAUUUAAAAAACAUUGAAUAAUCCAAUCUCUUAUCUGCUUCUACAUUGUGACUAUGGAGGAUAUUAAAAUGACCGUUCUCGGCUUGGGUCUUUGGAGGAAAACAAUUCUGCAAAUGAUUGUCUGCUAAUUGGAAAGGCCACUUCUCGGUGGAAAAUAUGGUAUGUUACAGUUUGACGCUUAGGUAAUGUGUGUCAAACUGAAGAGUUUGCCAAUUUACAGUGGGUUCCUAACAGUGAGAUGGAACAAUUAUUUACUCCAUAUUUCAAAGUUGCCAACACAAGCGGUGUGGGUGUGUUAAAACAGUGACUCAACUUUAAAAUCUAAUCAAUUGGAAAGCAGAGCCUGUUUUUUUUUAUAUUACAAGUGCCACCAUCUGCCAUUAACAGAAGCAAAUAAGCUCAGGUGUGAAUAUAUUAUUAUACUGCAGCCACUAGAAAUAUGUAACCAUUCAGCUGUUAUAAAGCAAGACUGAAAAGCCAUUCAGGUUGAUUGCAUGUGAGCACAGUAAACGAAGAAUAAACAUUAACCCUGACCCCUCUCUUCAAUUAAUAGGAGAGCAUAUAAAAUGUGAUGGGGCAAAUGCCCGAAUUUUAGUGAUCAGCUGUAAAUUGUCUUAUUUGACUCGAAUGAAUGUAAAACAUACAAAACCCAGUAGACAGUCUCCCCCAGAAAUAUCCUGACCCAGAUUAUAGUCCCAGGUUAGUCAGAUGACCAGUAGUGGUGGCUUUGUUGCAUUUUGUCUCUGAGGACAAUCUACAAGGAUAGCAGACACAUCUGGAUGAGAUAAACAUUGAUUCUCCUCCUGCCAGGAUGGAAGCAUUGCUCUGUAUUUGAGAUUAUCCAUUGGUACCAAGGAUCAAUUUUACUUGGUUAAUUUUUUUUAUAGCAAGAGCCAGUUUAAAAGCGUAUUUCUUGUUUGCACAGUGUGUGUGUGUUGAUUUCUGAUCUCAGAUUUAGCUACUAGUUAAAAUGACUUUCCCCCACUUUUCUUGUAGUAAAACAACAGUUUGUCAUCACUAAUGCGGCUCACUUCAACAGCUGUUCUUAGGGCAAAUCAACACGUUAAUGAACAGUGACACGUCGCCAGAAGCAGUUUCUGUCACUGACACCACGGAGUUUCUUGAACUCCUGACGAUUCAGAAAGAAUUAAAAUGUUCAUUACCAGGGAGUUGCAGUCCUGGCACCUGAAAGAUGCCAGCUGAGCUGCCAGUGUCUAGAAUAAUAAACUCAGCAGGUUUUUCACAUCACAUUGACCAAACUAUAACUUUUCCCUGUUCUGCUUCAGUCAUGUUUGAGGCUGCUUGGAGAUGAAGUUGCACCCAACCUACACUCCAGAUGCCUGCACACAUUUUUGCAUCAGUCAGUCCCACUGCCAAAUAGUGAAGGAGCUGAGGACAAAGCACAGACUGUUUCUCUGCUUUAAGCCACGUGCCUCCUGCCGGCCUGAAGCAGGGAGGUGUAACAGGCAAACUUAGGGAAGGUUGCAGUUGACGGGCAAGCCCUGAGAAAUCCUCACAGUAAGAGGACGAAGAACAUCGGAAUCCCAGUACAUUAUACACCUAAAUUAAUUGCAUGACCAUCGUGCUUCUCUUGCUGGAAAAAAUCAAAUCAGUCUUGCUGGAAAAAAUAAUCAAAUUAUUUUCAUACAGGGUACAGUCGAACUGUAGCAAUAUUUUCCUUAGAGGGAACACUGAAAAAUUAGCAGCACAAAACAUACUUGUGUUAAUAUUUUAGCAAAAUGAUAAUCAAUUUAAAUGUUUACUUAAAUUGAUUGUACAUGUGAGAUGAUGUUUGUUCAGUACACUGUAUUUUUUCUAACUAUUUACCUGUUUCCUUGUAACUGUAAAGAACUAAGUUCUGUCUGACUGCUAGAACUGUCUGACUAGUGGUGUGCAUGUGCUAAAUAUUACAAUAUGAAUGUAAGCACCUGAGGCCUACAUUGCAUUUUCUCUCUUUUCCCCCUUCCCCAAAUGGAACACACAAUGGAUUUCCUCCAAGGUCUCUUACAGCAAGAGUAGUCAAUGCAAAAAACAAAUACAGCUCUAGAACUGCACAUAGACACCCCAGGUAGUCACUGGCCUGGAGGGCAGCAACCAUGAAGUAUUGCUUGGGGAAGAGAGGCAAAGCAAAAUGUGGCUGUGGCUUAAGACCUACAGGUGUGAACUUCACAAGUAAGGGGCACCAUUGCUCUCCUGAGCACCCCACUUUGUUUUCCAAUCUUGGCCCCCUCGAGGAAGCGGGCUGCUGUUCAAGGUUUGGGGAGGUGGCUUGAGCCCCAAGGAAAUUUGAGUGGCGGCAGGCUUAGAAUCAGAGGCGUACAACGCUCUAACCUACUCAGUGAGGGACUACAGCCGUAUUCACUCAGCUGAAAGGCCUGUCCUGCUCUGUCUACUGCAGCCUGAAACCUUUCCCUGUCCCCCAAGGGUUCCACUCCCUGCUGUAUCAGUGCUUAAGAGACUAAAAGCAAGUGCCACGUUCUAGCCUCAAAGCGGAUCUGCCUUCCACAUUAGGGAAGCAGGGGGUAGUCAUUGCACACCUAGCUGCCCCUUCUAGGCAACCAUGAUGAAUUUCAGCCACUCCCAUAAGAGAAGUGUAAUUAACGUGCUGGAUCGCGCAAGUCACACCUGCCUUGGAAACAGUAUUUACAAAACUUCUAAGGAAAGAAAUGUUCUGGCAUGUUUGCCAGCAGGUUGAUGUUCCUGUUUCACUUUAUUUUACUGGGUAGUAACAUAGAUGAUUAGUCCUUAAAGAACCUUCUGAAUUACUCAAUAGGCUUAAAGGUAGCGUAAAGACAUCUGACCUCACUGCAGCCAGUAAAGAUACGUGCCUACCACUUGCAUGAAAUCCUGUUUCCAAGCAGUUUGCAAGAUUUCAAGGUGUUCCCUGUGGCCGUUUGAAGUGUCGCUAGUGCUGUGUAUUAACUGUUGUGGGUCGCACAUCUUCAGUGUCAGUGAAUUGUGAAGUAGACGAGUGUACACAGCUACCGAUGUAAUUAAAUAUAUUCUUAUGGACUAUGGCUAGCAAAUUACUAAAUGUCAGUGUAACAAUUGUAGUACAUUAUUGGGGGGGGGAGGGUUCACGUAUUACUUCAGAUCACCUUUUCAUGCACGUCUUGCAGAAUAGUAUUGACUCUCCCCGACUUUCUGUUGUAAAUUCACUGGGGUUCAGUAGAUAUUAGCUGCUUUUCUUGGAACGAUCCAGACCAACUCUUAUAAGCAUGCCUGAAUUUUGUUGUGAAUUUGAGUGUCCUGCUACUUGCUCCCCAUAUGCUGUUUUUGCAGGCUGUUUAAAUAUAUAUUUCAUAGUGUUCCCUAGAGAUCUCUAAAAGCCCCGUAGACAAUUUACCAUACAGAGGGCCAGUGUAUACUACUCUCAGGCUAGUUUGCUGAAAGCUUCUGCAUAGUUAGUAUAAAAUCUAUAUAUAUAUAUAUAUAUAUAAUAUCUCUCACAUAUGCCUUGCUGUAGGGUUGUUGUAUAUAAAUUGCUCUGAUACAGGAUACCUUGGUGCAGCAACAAAGAUGCAUCUCUAGACCGAGGUUAACAAGCAUACAGCAUGCUUUUGUGCCAGCGUCAUUGUUGGUUUUGCAUGUUCAACAUUGUAGGGUUGAAAGUAUGUUGGCAAUGUCGCACUGAGGAAAAAGCAUCACUUCCUACGUUUUCAUUAUUCCCAGUGAGGCAAGACGACAUGAUCAGCUGCGGUAUAGUAGAGAAGUUGAGUUUUUUUUCUUUGUCCAUAACAUGUCUUUGCAAUAGUGUACAGCUUGGUCCCUAUGCUAGCAAUGUCACCACCAUGGAAUUAGGGUUUGUUUUUUGCACAGAUGCUUUGAAGUAGGCCUUUUCCCUGGCCUCUCCAGUUAGUCCUUACCCUACUUUGCAGCUCUGUUGAAGAUUAGUUCUUGUUACUACUUAGCACUCACUAGUCGAGCAUGUACUUUUCCUGUUUUUCCUCCGGUCUGCAUUCCCUGUAAUUCACCCUCCCUCGUCUCCCACCACAGAUCAAAAUGUUAGUGCGUGCAGAGUAUGGUUUAGUUUUUAAAGUUUGCCUGGAUCCCACCUGCAGCGUGUAGAUGAACUGUAGUCAUCCCCCUCCGUAGCAGGGCAGCACUGAUCACUCAGUCAUUUCUGCGGCAUCGAUAUUUCUUUUCUAUAGAGCCACCUUACAUUUUGCAAACUCACUUUUUGGCCUUUUUUCUACAGCGUGUGUGUGGGAAGCCCGUUAGCCCAUUUCCGGUAUAUCUGUAUUCAUGGUACUUUAACAAACAGUGCUUCUUGGAGCCUUCCGUGUCACAAAACCCCUUACCACAAGGCUUAAAAGAUGGCCUUUUAAUGCACCAACUUGAAGCCCAAAUUUAGCUGCCUGUAUUUUGUUGCAAUAUGCAUUUAACCUCAGAUUCUUUAAUCGUUUUUAUUAUUGAACUGAUACCAAAUGUGGUUUGCGAAUUUAAUUUUUUGCAGAUACCUCUUUACAAGCAGACCGCUUCAAAGAGUUGCAGUUGUCAGUAAUCUUACGUGCAUUGUAGUAUAGAGUGGACUAUGUCUGGGAGUAAAUAAAAAUGUUUACAAUUUUUGUAUUGAUCUUUUGAAAGAACAAUCUGUGAUUAUGUAUUUUCGGUGUCCGUGUACCAACUGCAACUUAUUUUCAAUAAAGAUUUAAAAAUGA